AUGGGCGAUCUGAUCCAGUUGGAUGUCGGAAAGAAGGUGAAAAAAUGGCGAAUCGACAAGAAGCUCGGCGAGGGCGCGUUCGGCGCCGUCUACAAGUGCAGCAACUUCAAGGGCGACUUGUACGCGCUGAAAGUGGAGGGAAAGGACGAGAAGGUGCAGCUGCUCAAGAUGGAGGUCUACGUGCUCAACGAGCUCAAAAAGUCGGGCGGCCGUCAUUUUUGCAACAUCGAGGACAAGGGCCAGUACGAGAACUUCAACUACGUCGUCAUGACGUUCGUCGGAAUGUCGCUCGCCGAUCUCAGAGCCAACGCCGCCACCAAGAAAUUCUCGUGAGCUCGAAGACCUUCCCUUUCUGAAUAACCAUUGACCUUUUUCAGAAUGGGAACGGCGAUUUCAGUGGCUCGACAGGCUUUGGAAGCGCUCGAGGACAUGCACAAUAUCGGCUACUUGCACCGUGACGUCAAGCCGGGCAACUACACGAUCGGGCGUGCGGAGUUGAACGAGUUGCGCAAGGUGUACGUGCUUGACUUCGGAAUGGCGCGCAAGUUCGCGCACGCCGACGGCACGAUCAAGAAGCCGCGCAAUGUGGCCGGCUUCCGCGGCACCGUCAAGUACGCGCCGGUGAGCUGCCACGGCAAUCGAGAGCUCUGUCGGCAGGACGACUGCGAGACGUGGCUCUAUAUGAUUGUCGAGCUGACCAAAGGAUCUCUUCCGUGGAGAAAUCUGACGGACAUUGGACAGAUUGGAAACGAGAAGCGCGCGAUCCGCAUGAACCAGAUCAGCAAGAAAAAGAUGUUCGGAGGGUGAGACUGGAUCUUCGAGUUGAGUUUGAGCCAUUCCCUCCUUUUUCAGAUGCCCCCGUGAAUACAUUGAUAUUCUGGAGACGAUCGACAAGGGGAAGUUCUUCGAUGAGCCCGACUACGAACGCAUGUAUUACCUGUUGAGAGAGGCGAUGAAGAACACGGGAUCGACGGAGUUCCCGUACGAUUGGGAGGAAUCUUUGAUGAAGAAGUACAAAGAGGAACAGGAGAAAAAAGAGAAGGGAAUUGUGGUGGAACCGGCAGAGAACAAGAAGAAGGAAGUGGAAUUGGAGCAGGGAGCAUCGGCGAGGGCGAAGAAAGAGAAGAAAGAAGAGAAGAAGCAGGAGGAAGAGCCGAAGAAGGAAGAGGAGAAGAAGGAGGAAAAGGAGGAAAAGAAGGAAGAGAAGAAGGCAGUGGCGAACAAUGAAAACGAGCAGGGUCUAUUUUAA